AUGGCAGUUUUUGGUAUGCCAUGGUUGGUUAUUUGGAAGAACCCAAUGGUUGAGGAGGCGAGACGAAUCUGGUCAACCACAAUUGAGCGGGUACUAGAGAGGUCGAUGAUGGGUAGUGAUAAUUUGGCGUUUCGGGUUAAGGAUUUUGGGUUGGGCGAGUUUUGGGGUGGAUGGUGGAAAAUGCGAGGGAUGGUGGUGAGGCCAGAAUCAACGAGGCCUUUCACUCCAUCUGUUGUAGUCUUGGGCUGGGUUGGUACUGGUAAUGGUCGCCAUUGUUAUGGUCAUUCUCUCUGCGACUCAGACGAUGGAUGGGGUAAACGAAAUGUGUGGGUGUUGCGUGGGACGCAAAGGGACAAGAUGCGUUUUGUAUUUAUUGUGGGAGAAUCGUUGACUANGUCAAUACUUGAAGGGGUAAAGUGA